AUGAGAGGCAUGAGUCUCUACAUCGUGUUCAUGUACGUGGAUGCAGACUUAAAUAAAACUCAUCUCCUACUCUUGAUCAAGGCCAUCGCCCUUUUCAAUGCAAAUCAACGUGACGAGGCAAUUCUGCGGGUUCAAGAGCUAGCCACUACUCGUCCCAAUCCAAAUUCUCUUGCCUGUGGCAUCGUGGAAGCUUAUCUACACGUGCAAUUGGGAAUGAAUGCAUUAGCUGACGCACGUCACAACGAAGCAGCUAACCACUUCACUGCUGCCAUGAACACCAUCGGUUUCUCGUCCAUGUCGGCCAUCCAUUCUAGAUAUGAUGUCUUCGUGGUGUUAUUCGGGUGGGACCUCAAGUCCUUGUGGCAAACUGCACAUCAGAAUCGGUGCAAUGUGCUCCUUCGGGCAGGACGACUUCCAGAAGCCAUUGAAGCAUAUCGAUACAUGAUGGAUAGGGCCGAUGAGGCUAUGAAAGCACGCUGCAUUGAUUGGUCCACUGGCAACAUGCUCUAUCCUACUACCGGAGCAACUGACCUUGCUGCCGUUGGAGAUGAUGCCCUCGCUGCGGGUAAUUACGACAGGGCUAUCGAGCUUUACUCUGCAACGAUCCACCUUGAUUUGGCAAUUGAUACAAUCUUUGCAAACCGCAGUAAAGCGAGGUUGGGAAAAAUGCCAUGGGACGAUGUGCUCCUUGACGCGGAAAAGUUGAAGCAUGAGGUACUUCAUGGCGCACAUCAAUACGACGAAGCCAUCGAGGCGUUCAAAAUCAUGCUCUCCAAGUUGGAAGAUGCUACAGACACGGAAGCGACAAUCCAUCCGAAUAUUGAAGACAGGAUUAAAGUUCAGCUCGACGACGCCCCACAUCGUCUAAUCAAUACCUCCACUGGUCGCUUGUGCAAUCGCGAGGUACAGAUUAAUGCCUUUAGAAUGAGCGCAAAGUACAAAGAGCUUUUGUCAUCCACAAUGAAACAUGCAGACCUUCACACGGAGCGCAUUCGAGAUGUGGUGGCGAUGUACUUAUGUCAUGCUAUCGCAUAG